AUGGAACGACCAGAAUCCUGCAAAGACUUUUUUUACGUCAUACAGGACCGUAACUCCGCAGGAAACCCACUGACAGAAGAUGAAGUUAGACGGUACUUCACUCAGAUCUUGGAAGCUAACAUCACAUGCGAAGAAAAAGGUGUUAUACACCGCGACCUCAAGCCUGAUAAUAUUUUGCUGGAUUUGAAAAAUGAUGAGGUGAAGUUGAUUGACUUUGGGUUGGCAUCUGAGAUACAAGAAGAGCCUUUUGAUAGCUUUAGAGGUACGCAGUACUACAUGCCCCCUGAAUUCAUGAAGACAGGUAAAUAUGACGGAUGCGAGGCUACUGUAUGGGCGAUGGGAAUCCUCUUGGUCGAUAUGUUGUCACCAGUUAUUCCAGCAUUUGAAAAACCACAACAUUGUCUAAGCAUGGAGCCCAGAAUACCUCGACACUUUUCAUCAGAGGUGAAGAACGUUGUUUAUAUGUUGUUGAAUCCCGAAGCAGAUCAGCGACCAACUCUUAAACAAGUUCUCCAGCAUGCAUGGUUCUCAAUGGAAGUCUAAACUCCUCUCUGUAUUAUGCACCUUGUUUGCUAGUUACGAGAUAUCUUUAACAUUUUGUUUUUUAGUAUGACUGAUUAUUUGUAAUCGGUAAAACUGCCUUGUGAAAUUGUCUGUUGUUACUGAGAGUCUGUAACAGUGGUCUUGAAAUGUCGUGUUGUAAGAUUAGACAAGAAAAACGUAGAUUGUCCGACAGGGUUGAAUAAUGCCAAACCAGUUAAAACG